UUAUGUUCUGUUGCUGUUUCCCUAGGAAGCAAAAAAAGAAACAACCAGAGUCUCCGACGUCCUCAAAGCGGAAACGUCGAUGGAACAUCUGGCGGAAGAAUCCUAAGGCGAAGGAUGAUAUCGACCCUGUUCCGGAGGCCCCUCAGGUGUCCCAAGAGGAGGUGGAGGUGGUGGAGGAGGUCGCCGUUCUGGACGAGGAGCAGGAUGUAGCCAGUGAGGAGGAGGACUCUGGCUCUGAUGCCUCUCUGGUGUCCCCAGCUGAGGAGGAAGUGGAGGAGGUCAGCGUUCUGGCCGAGGAGCAUCUGCAUGCCAUCAACAGGGAUGUAGCCAGUGAGGAGGAGGAAUCUGGCUCUGAUGCCUCUCUGGUCUCCACAGAUGAGGAGGAGGAGGUGGAGGAGGUCAGCGCUCUGGACGAGGAGCUGUCUGUGCCUGAGGUCACCCCAUUGGAUGUGGGCGUUACCGCAGUGGCCACAGCAAAUAUCCUCCUGCCCCAGCAGCUGAAGUGCAGAGGGCUGCCCAACCUCGGGAACACAUGCUACAUCAACGCCACCCUUCAGUGUUUGUUCCGUGGGCAGUCAUUCUGCACGCAGCUGCGCCAGCAGGAGGAGGUGGUGAGGGAGGGCCCAUCAGCACUGCUGAUCAGCUCCCUGGUGGGUGUCUUGGGCCUGAGGACAUCCACCGACAGGGAGCUGAAAAUGGCGGUGCUGUUGGAGCUGAAACACUUGGUCUCCCUGCGCAACCGUCGCUUCGAGGGGAACUCCCAGAACGACGCCCACGAGUUCCUCUUUGAGUGUCUGCUGGGCCUGAGGGUCACUGGGCAUGACCUGGGCGACGUGGCCACUCAGUGCCCAGUGGACACGCUCUCAUUCCAGCUCCUGAACAUAAGAACUUGCAGGAGCUGUGGACUUGAGAGCAGGGGGGAGGAGAGCACCACGCAUAUCUCCCUCCCGAUGGUUGCGCAGGGCUCCGUCCGAAGCUGCCUGGAGCGCCACUUCUCCGCCGAGCAGGUGGAGUACAGGUGUGAGUGCGGGGGGCAGGAGUCGGACAAAAGGACACAGUUCCACACUCUCCCACAGGUGUUAAUCUUACACCUCGUCCGCUUCUGCCCCUUCACCCUCAACAAGAUCGAGGACGCACUCCACCUGGACACAGAGCUCCAGGUCAUGCCGAGGACGGAGGGCACGGCUGUGUCGGCUGAGGAGGCAGCAUCAGGCCACUGCUCUAGAGCGCCCUCUCCAGGCCGACUAGAACGGUGCGGCUGA